AUGUUCGUGUCUCAUACCGUACUCAAGUAUUACAAUCACCCUAAUCUCCUAGGUAAGGUCACCAGACGCUUGCUUGAAGCGCAAGACGCCGACUUAGGACGCCAGACCCUUAGCAACUAUUUAUCUUUCAAUUAAUUCCCACACCUUUUCUGACCGGAGCUUACUGUCCCACCCCCUGGUACUUUAGUCACACACUCCCAGCUCUUGUUUUCAUUAUUUGAUGUGUACAGUUUUCAACUUCUUUUAUCUUUUUGUAUUUUUUCUUCUUCUCACAAAGGCUCUUCAAUCUCAAGUUGGACCAAAGAAAUCCUGACGCGUUUCAAAAGGCCAACCCAAGCUUCUCAGCUGGGAAAUCCUUUCAUUUCAUUUUUUUUUUCUUCAACUUUUAAUUCAAAAACUUCAACUAUCAACCAAAAUUCUUCAAAAUUUCAAAUUCCAAAAUUAACUUCAAAAAAACCUUUUACUAAACAUUCAAAACUUUCAACUAAAUACGCAAAAAGGAAUUCUUUGGGCCAAAAUUCAACAAUAUCAAAACCAAUCUUUUUCUUUCUCACUGCGGUCCUUUGAAGCUCUCAAACCCAUCAAAGCGCCAGCAAAUGGAUCUACGAUCGGAUAAACUGAAGACAGAUCCCGCAAUUAAAAUCCGCGACACGCUGGUUCUCUCCGACGAAGAUCGAAGAUGUCAACGACCGAAGAAUACGUACCACCAGAAGCUGAAGGGAAAUCCCGACUCCCGCAUCCACCAAAGGACGAACAGGACUUCGAAAACGAGCUGA